AUGCUGCCAUCUUCUGCAUUCAGGCGACUCCCCGUGCGAAGAUUGGCUGCUGGUGCUUUGGCUGUACGAGCAUCGUCCUCAGCAAUCCGCCAGCCGUCCAGCUUCUCCACCCUGCCGUCGACCCUGUCCCGAGGUGCGCCCGCCAUGGCCGCCACCUUCUCGACCUCGACGACCGCAAGAUCCUCUGCGCCUGUCAAAGCACCGACCCAGGCUUACGACCCAGAAAUCCUGGACAUCGCAAGCUACGUCCACAACUACAAGAUCGACUCGGACCUUGCUCUCGAUACCUCGCGUUACAUCCUGCUCGACACCAUCGGCUGCGGUCUCGAAGCUCUUCGCUUCCCACAAUGCACCGCUCUCCUCGGCCCUGUCGUCGACGGUAUCACGGUGACCAACGGAACUCGGGUUCCAGGAACACCGUUUCAGCUCGACCCGGUGAACGGUGCUUUCAACAUCGGAGCAAUGAUCAGAUGGCUGGAUUACAAUGACUGCUGGUUGGCUGCAGAAUGGGGUCACCCGUCGGACAACCUAGGUGCCAUCCUAGCAGUUGCAGACUGGAUUGCAAGAACAAACCGAGCCGGGGGAAAUGUCGGCAAUGGCAAGAUCCCCACCAUUCGGGACGUUCUGGAGGGUAUGAUCAAGGCUCAUGAAAUCCAGGGCUGCUUGGCUCUGGAGAACUCGUUCAACAAGGUCGGUCUGGAUCACGUCUUGCUCGUCAAGGUUGCGUCUGCCGCUGUCGUCAGCAAACUUCUCGGCCUUGAUGAAGCUCAGACCGCCGCUGUUGUCUCCCAGGCCUUUGUGGAUGGUCAGGCUUUACGUACCUAUCGACACAGUCCCAAUACCAUGUCCCGCAAGUCGUGGGCAGCUGGUGACGCCUGCCAAAGAGCCGUAAACCUUGCCUUCAAAGUACAACAAGGUCAAGCCGGCAUUCCUACCGUUCUCUCGGCUCCAGUCUGGGGUUUCUACGAUGUCCUAUUCAAGGGCAAGAAAUUCGAGUUCCAGCGUCCUUAUGGCUCCUAUGUCAUGGAGAAUGUCCUCUUCAAGGUGUCAUACCCUGCUGAAUUCCACUCCCAGACCGCCGUUGAAGCCGCUCAAAAGCUCUACAAGAUUCUCGCAGACCAGGGCAAAUCCGCCAAGGAUAUCAAAGAAAUCACCAACCGCACCCACGAGGCCUGCAUUCGAAUCAUCGAUAAGCAGUUCAAGCCUAUGGACAACUUUGCUGACCGAGAUCACUGCGUUCAAUAUAUGGUUAGUGUCAUGUUAGCGUUCAACCGCCUGGAAGCUACCGACUACCUGGAUAACAGCGAGGCUGCUACCUCUCCUUUGGUGGAGGAUCUGCGCAAGAGGAUCAAGUGUGUCGAGGAUCCUCAAUUCACCAAGGAUUAUCAUGAUCCUAGCCUGAGAACCAUCUCCAACGCUUUGACCGUCACCCUCAACGACGGAACUGUCCUGCCUGAGGUGGUUGUCGAGGCCCCGCUUGGCCAUCGCCUCCGACGUGACGAGGCCAAGCCGGAGAUUCUUGCCAAAUACAAGAGACACCUGACGCCUCACUUCUCCGAGGAUAAGAUCAAGGACUUUAUCGAGAUCGGCACCGAUGCAUCCAAACUUGACCACUUGGAAGUUGACAAGUACGUGGACCUGUAUGUCAAGGAAAAGAUGGAGUGGUAA